GGUAGGAUGUCCGCCACUGCCAGCGCCACCCACCUAUAUAAAUUAUAGAAGAGCCCCGGCUUUCCUGAUACAUCGUCAUCGUCAUCCCUUCAUUCCAACAUUUUCACUCUGCAAUCUGCAUCUUCUCCCGACCUUGAAACUCUCUGCUGCGAUUUUCGGCAGAAUGGUUUUCAACUUCAACUUCGAGGGUGCAGGCCUAGGAGAUAUGUUGCUCAAGGUAGCCAUCUUUCUGCUUGUGCAAGCUCUGGUCUACUUCAUCCUCUCCAAUUCCUCCAACAUCUUCUCCAACAACGUGCGCAGGUCUAGUCUUAGAACUGUUCGUUCCGUCAGUAUUCGUCGGAUCUUGGCUGCACUCUCAGACUUACCUGGUGAACCAUCGCCGCUGGGGUCAAUGGCUUCUUCGCCGUCUCCAAAAUCCCAACAAACUCAUGAAGCCGAUCACUAGAAUACAAUCUAAUACCCAUAAUCCACUUGGGAUCGAUUUAGUUUAUUGCUUCAAGUGAUAUAAUACAUAUGUCAAUGUGUCUUCCCAAGGUUUUCUUUUGUUCUUUGGUCGUAUAGAUAUAAUUUUACGUAGUGGCUAUGUAAAUUAUUGUAUAGUUUCGAGUUUGAUUGUAAUAUUUUCCAUUUUUGAAUAAUAUAACAAGCUAGCUUAGUUUGAAUCCCCA